AUGGACCUAAGCCAGGAAUAUGAGGAUGAUGACCAUAGGGGUAUGGUUCAAGAAAGUAAACUAACUAAUCACCCUACUACCAUUAUGGGGGAAACAAGGGUUGAUGACAAAUAUAAAAUCUUAGAAGAAAGGUUGAAUGUAGUUGAAGAGUUUAGUGUCUUCGGAGUUGAUGCUAUGGGGAUGUGCUUGGUAACAUAUGUAAUUAUACCUCCAAAGUUUAAAACUCCUGAAUUUGAGAAGUACAAGGGUAUCAAUUUCCCUAAGAACCAUCUCAGGAUGUUUGUCAGGAAAAUGGCUGGCUACGCGGAAAAUGAAAAACUAAUGAUGCAUAGUUUCCAAGACAGCCUGAGUGGGGCAUCUCUAGAUUGGUACAUGCAGUUGGAGAGAACCAAUAUCAAGACUUGGGAGGAUUUAGCUAAUUCUUUACUGAGGCAAUACAAGUAUAACAUGGACAUGGCUCACAAUUGUGUGCAUUUUCAUAAUCUGUCACAGAAGGGGAACAAAUUGUUCACGGAGUACGCUCAAAGAUGGAGGGAACUGGCCUCCCGUGUGCAACCUCCAUUGUUGGAGAAUGAACUAGUGGACAUGUUCAUGGGCACCUUAAAAGUACCAUACUACAAAAAGAUGAUAGGAUCAGUGUCAACAGGUUUUGCUGACCUAGUGAUAAUUGGGGAAAGAAUCGACAAUGGAUUGAAAAGUGGAAAGAUCGGAAAAUCAUCUUCUGGUCAACAUAAUAAUAAAAGGUAUCCUAAUAAAAAUAAUUCAAAUAAUGGUGAUAUCAAUGUUAUUACUAUUGAUGGGUAUUCCCAGACGUCUUACAACCCCUAUGUAGGUAAAUCCUAA